AUGGAGCUGGAGGUGCCCGAGGAGGCGGAAGGCUCGGCCGUGGAGGGUGCCGGUGCCAUCACCCCGGAGGCCGGCGUGGGGGGACUGGACGCGGCAGGAGGUCUGGCACUGAAGAAGGCAGCCAUCACCGAGGGACCAUCGCUACCAGGACAGCCUGGCCAAGGAAAGAAGAUAGGUCAUCGAGGCGUUGAUGCUUCUGGUGAAACCACCUACAAAAAGACCACCUCAUCCACUCUGAAGGGGGCCAUCCAGCUAGGGAUUGGAUAUACUGUCGGCAAUCUGAGCUCCAAGCCGGAGAGAGAUGUCCUGAUGCAGGACUUCUACGUGGUGGAGAGCAUUUUUUUCCCAAGCGAAGGCAGUAAUCUCACCCCGGCUCACCAUUAUGCUGACUUCAGGUUCAAGACCUAUGCACCAGUGGCUUUUCGGUACUUCCGAGAACUCUUUGGGAUUCGUCCAGAUGAUUAUUUGUAUUCAUUAUGUAAUGAGCCUCUCAUAGAGCUGUCGAACCCUGGUGCCAGCGGCUCCCUCUUCUAUGUCACCAGCGACGAUGAAUUCAUCAUAAAAACUGUGAUGCACAAGGAAGCUGAAUUCCUACAGAAGCUCCUUCCUGGCUACUACAUGAAUCUGAACCAGAACCCACGGACACUGCUGCCGAAGUUUUAUGGACUGUACUGUGUGCAAUCAGGAGGCAAAAACAUCCGCGUGGUCGUGAUGAACAACAUUCUGCCUCGUGUGGUGAAAAUGCACCUGAAAUUUGACCUGAAAGGCUCGACCUAUAAACGCCGGGCAUCCAAGAAGGAAAAAGAAAAGUCUAGCCCUACGUACAAGGAUCUAGACUUCAUACAAGACAUGCCCGAGGGCCUGAUGUUGGAUGCAGACACCUUCAGUGCAUUGGUGAAAACAUUGCAACGAGACUGUCUGGUGUUGGAAAGUUUUAAAAUCAUGGACUACAGCCUCCUGCUUGGGGUUCAUAACAUAGACCAGCAAGAACGGGAGCGACAGUCUGAGGGAGCCCACAGCACGUCGGAUGAGAAGCGUCCUGUGGGGCAGAAGGCACUUUACUCCACUGCCAUGGAGUCCAUCCAGGGUGGGGCUGCCCGGGGGGAGUCCAUAGACACAGACGACACGAUGGGUGGAAUCCCAGCAGUGAAUGGCAAAGGAGAGCGUCUCCUGCUACAUGUAGGAAUAAUAGAUAUCCUUCAAUCAUACAGGUUCAUCAAGAAGCUAGAACAUACCUGGAAGGCCCUUGUCCAUGACGGGGACACGGUGUCAGUACACAGACCCAGCUUUUAUGCAGAGAGAUUCUUCAAAUUCAUGACCAACACGGUGUUUCGAAAGAAUUCCUCUCUGAAGUCAUCUCCCUCAAAGAAAGGGCGUAGUGCCUUGCUAGCUGUCAAGACGACUGGUCCAACCGCUGCAUUUUCAGCUAGCCAGCUUCCCUCUGAAAAGGACGAAACACAGUAUGAUCUUCGUGCGGCCAGGAGUUACCCCACACUUGACGAUGAAGCAGGCAGGCCAGACCUGCUGCCCUGCACACCUCCUUCCUUUGAAGAAGCUACCACGGCCUCCAUAGCCACGACACUAUCUUCAACAUCUCUCUCUGUUCCCGAGCGAUCCCCUUCGGAGACCUCUGAGCAGCCCAGGUACAGGAGGCGCACGCACUCCUCAGGGCAGGAUGGCAGGUCACACGAGGAGGUGCGGGUUGAGGAGGAGCUUCAGCAGAUCAGUGUCGAGCUGGAGCCCAAGUGUGAUGUUGAGAUCGUAGCUCCUGAAGAAGAUGACAAAGAAGAGGCGGCCUCUUCAGCCUGUGCCAUUGUAACGUCCACAGCUACGAUAGAGGUGGAGACAGCCAGCCAGGCCUCCGAACCAGCCAGCCAGGCCUCGGAUGAAGAUGAUGUGCCAGUCACAGACAUAUACUUUCCGACAGACGAGAGGAGUUGGGUUUACUCCCCGCUCCACUAUAGCGCUCAACUCCACUCUGUCUCCGAUGAGGAGAGCGAUACAGUAAGUGUACAAGAAACGUGUGCCGGGUGCCCGGUGGGUCGAGGUUGGAGCUUGUGCUCCCUCUGCAAGGUCAGCUUGCAGGGGGAGCCGCUAUGGCCUCUGCGCAGCAUGGGGCUCUUGCAUGGCUGCAGCAGAGACCUGCUGCAUCUCGCAUCAGCUCUGUGGCAGCAGGCGAGAUCUCCUGCACUGGCAGAGACCCGGUCUGCUCAGCAAGGGUUGUGGCUUGUUCCAAAUCAUUUGGUGCAGUGA